AUGGCAGGCAGGUGUGAACGGCGGGAGCAGGUGAUCAGAGAUGAGAUGCAGGUGCCUCUCAAUCAUCAUUCAUGCUCGGGUACAUCUGAUGACACCAUCAUCCUGAAUUUAAUGAUGGGUGACCCUGUUGAAGAAGUAGCCGCUGACGAAGGAAGCCAGCCUAAAAGGCCAUGCCACAUAAACUACGAGGCAAAAUCGUUGAUUGAAAAAAUCCUAACAUCAAAACCUGGUGGUGAACGCAUUAUGCAAGAGUAUGGAAAAACCAAAUCUCUGACAGAUGCCACCAGAAGACAGAUGAUUAACAUACUUGCUGCUGAGAUGACAGAAACACAUGGGACAUCCCCCCCCAAAAGUGUUAGAGUGAUGUAUGCACAGGGGAUAGUAACCUUGUUUCCCUAUCUAGAAGACCCAUACUCACAACAUGGAUAUGAACAUUACUACGAUCCGGAGAGUGGUUCGGGAUACCUUGCAUGGCGAUUGAAGACCAUACAGAGAAAAUCAGCAGAGGAAAGAGGUGCCUCAGUCAGCAAAUCUCCUAAAGUUGGUGGGCCAGGCCGUGGUCGUCAGCCCUUCGCCAAUGAUAGAGAGCUGUCUGAUGAGGAUGUGGAAGCAGCUAUUGCUGUUUUAAAACACUCUUCUGAUGAAAAGACUGUCCGUGAGAAGAUGAAAAUGACCUUCAUAUAUCGGCAAGCAAUGGUCAACGAUGAAGCCAAAUCAUCAGAUGUCUUCUUGGUCUUCCCACGAUUUCUGGACACACCAGGACUGAUAGAACAAGAUUUCAGACUUCUGUUUGGUGAGGCCACGGCCAACAAAUUUUUGGAGAAGUGGCCAACCACUUUCAAAGCAAAAGUAAUAAAGGAAAGCCAUGGACUUGUACCCACCACAGAACUCUUGGAUUUGAUGCGCAAUGCUGAGUCAGCUGCUGAAGUUGAGAAUGGCUGGGACAGUGACAUGUCUGCCAUCUUGCUGCUGCUACAUUUGCUACCACCAUCUGCACAAGGUAGAAAGAGGCCGGGAAAGCUGUCUGCAUAUCAAGCUGUAGAUCAGCUCAUCAGAUUUCAAAAGGUUGGAACCAGUGUGCAGCAGCAUCUAGACAACAUCACCCAAAGCAGUCAGCCCUACCUUCUCGCCCAGGGAUCCACACAAAGCACCAUUCACUCCUUCUUCAUUGUGGUUGACAAGAAUGCACUUCCAUGCAAGGCAAAAGGUUCAGUUGGCGCUUUUGACGAACUCUUUAAAGCCCAUUACGUCUUUGGUACGUCAUACAGUUCUUCCCUGAGCAGCUUUUUCACUUUUGUGCAAACAACCAUCUAUAACAUCGACAUGGGGGAAACAAAGGAGACCCCUAGAGUUGCGGAGUUGCGAGCAAGAAUGGUGCGUUAGUUGAGAUAAAACUAUGAAGUGUUUUCUUUGCAAAAGUGACCAUGGAAGUCCAAACAACCUUGUUAAGCACUUUAAGGUAAUUCAUGGACUAUGUACAGGCAGGACUCUUUUUUUGAAGUGUGGUCAAGAAGGAUGCUCACGUUCUUUUGGUAGUUUUUCAGGUUUAAGAAAGCAUCUUAAUAAGUGCCAUGGAAGCAGUUUAGUUGAUUCUGUGGAAUCUGAUCUUUCAUAUCCUCAAAGCACCAUCAAUACAAGUAAUGUUUUUCAUGUUGAAGAGUCGACUGAAGAGUUAGAGGCCGAGUCACAGUUAUCUUCGCCAUACAUUGUAAAUAGUUGUUCAGCUGUAAUUUCUGAUCUAAAGGCAGCAGGUGUUGCUCAAAGUACACUGAAUUCUGUAGUGACUUCCAUGGAAGAGAUUGUUCAAGAUAUCCAUCAGCAUGCUAAAGAGACAGUGAUAAAGCAUGUAUUUAGUAAUGAAAGAGAAACGGAAAUGUGCAAGAAAGUUGAGGCGUGUUUUGAGGGGUUAGAGAAUCCUUUCACAAUUCUAAAUUCGGAAUACAAACGAUCAAAAUUUAUGACUGACAAGUGGGAAAUGGUUGAACCAAUUGAAUGUGUGAUUGGUUCAAGAUUUGACACAAGACGAAAUAAAAAGACUGGAACAUAUGAUCAGGUAGUAGUUCAAGAUAAAUUCAUGUAUAUUCCAAUUUUAUCUACACUGCAGUCAAUAUUUAAAAGUCCGUAUGUUGCAGAAAUGUUGCAACGCUCAGCAACCAGCGACUCUAGACUGAGAGAUAUUUGUGAUGGAUCUUUUUUUAAAAGUCACCCCCUGUUCUCAACUGAGAAGCAGACAAUACAGAUCCAGAUGUUCUAUGAUGACUUUGAGGUCGCCAACCCUCUGGGUCCAAAGCGAGGUAUUCAUAAAUUAGGUGGAGUAUAUUUUACUUUAAGAAACUUCUCUCCAAAAUGGAAUUCUUUUUUAGCUAACAUACACCUGUGCGCCUUAUUUCAUGCUCAAGAUGUUAAACGUUAUGGUUUUAGUGAAAUUUUUGCUCCCAUUGUUCGAGAUAUUAAAGUGUUAGAGAGUGAUGGUAUUGAGAUUCCAUUAUACAAUGGUUUUGUUCGUGGCACUGUAGUGCAGGUUACUGGUGAUAAUUUGGGAUUGCAUUGUUUGUUUGGUCUAGUGGAGUCUUUCAGUGCAAGGUACUGUUGCAGGUUCUGUUUAGCGGAAAAGGAGGACUUUCAGACAGAAUUCUCUGAAGACUCUUCCAAAAUAGUUUUGCGCACCAAAGAUGUACACACUGCUCACUGUCAAGAAAUGGCUUGUAAUCCAUCCCUUCCCUACGUUUUUGGUGUGAAAAGGUCAUGCAUAUUAAAUUCAUUGGAGUAUUUUCACACAACAGAGAACUUCUCAGUUGAUGUGAUGCAUGAUGUGUUAGAAGGGGUGGGCCAGUACGAAUUGAAGUUAUUAUUUCUGUAUUUGAAGGAAAAGCAUGUUACAUCAGCAGAAAUACAUUCAAGAAUACAAAGUUUUGAUUAUGGUUUCAUGGAGAGAAACAACAGACCUGUAGCUGUUAAUUUAAGUGAAGGAUCUAAUGAUCUGGGACUGAAUGCAGUUCAGUCCUGGUGCUUACUGAGGAAUGUUCCUCUUAUCUUUGGAGAUUUGUUUACUUCUACUGACCAACACUGGAGCCUGCUUCUUUUACUUCUUCAAAUAAUAAACAUCAUAUUCUCGCCUAUGUUAUCUCAAGGUUUAUGUGUAUAUUUAAAACAUUUAAUUGUGGAUCACCACACACUGUUUAAAAAGUUGUAUCCUCAGAAAAACCUUUUACCAAAGCAUCAUUUUCUUGUCCACUAUCCCCGCUGCAUCCAAAAAAUUGGGCCUGUCCUUCAUAGUUGGUGUAUGAGGUAUGAAGGCAAGCAUAAUUUUUUCAAAAAACAGCUUAAAUCGUUU